AUGUCAACAAAGUGCACUUACCUUUUCGGUCAAAGGUCUAUAAGUAACUCCAGAGUUAAGCGUGCUUGGGCUGGAGUAGUUGAAGGAUGGGUGACCUUACGGGAAACAAAGGUAUUUACGGGCAAUAAGAAUGGCGACCCAGGCAUGAUCGGUGACGGAUCUUCUCGGAUCUGUUCCAAGAGGUUUAAUUCGGUUCCCACAUACUGUGGUGUGGUGGUUAUUGUCUCUUGUUUUUUUGGAGUCUUUGGGAUUGAUUUUGUAGGUCAUACUUCGAGAGUAAUAUACGGUGGACAUACGGUCACAAUUUUGGUGAAACCUUGUCUUGGAAAUUAUGAAUUGAUCAGCAUAUAUGGUGGUUUUUUCUUCAGGAUCGUGAGGGAUUCUAUCCAGACUGGUAUCAACGGAUUUGGUAGGGCUUCUUUCAGCGAUGCAAAGGAUCCCAUACGGAUCUCUUACUCUUAUAUAUUGGUUAGGUUUGGAAGGAUUUGGCUUCUCCUUGAAUUUUCACGGUGGGUCUGGAUUUUAUGUUAUCGGCUUAGUUUGGAUAUGGGAUUAUGCAGAGAGAAACUGAGAUACUCGGAAGUUCACAAACAGAAAUCAAGGAGCUUUUGUGAGUCGGAUUCAAGAUCGAGGAAGAAUUGUGAUAUAUCACACAUCAGACUGGGGAAAAGGGAUUUUGAUUGGUUCACGGGUGUAAUAGAAUCAAGGUUGUUUCAAAACUCAUUGGUGAUCCGGAAUAGAGAUACAGACGCUCAUGUCUUUAUGAAUAUGGGUUUAUUGGGAGAUUUGAUGGACUGGAGAAUUAUCUUUCUUCAGUUCAGAGGAUUACAGAUCUUUUUGAUUGAUAGUAUCCUCAUGGAGACGUUUAGAAUGAGAACUAUAAGCAGAGUGAUGUAUAAUGGGUUCCCAUAUUACUCUCAGUUUCGUUUGUCUCCUGUGUCUUCUUUUUUUGGUAUACGUUAUCUCUUGAGUCAUCCUCGCGACGUGUCUGAAGAGCAUGAUCUUAAAUCUGGUGGAUCAAACAAGGGAAAAGAAACUCUUAAGCCGAGGCCGACGAUUACUGUUAUUCGGUUUCACAACAGGGUUGGUCUUACUGGUGGAUCGCUGAGGAGAUUUGUCCAAGGAAUCUGGUCUAAUACUUGGCUCCCGGGUAGUGUUUUUGGAGAGGUCUCUUACUGUGCUCUAAUCAUAAUAUCUGCAGUAGAGCAAGCAGAGUUUCUCAAUUGUGUGCAGAGGUUGUCACCCGUUUCUCAGAUGAUUCGAAGGAAAAUGGCUUUAUAUAGUCCAAGCACCAAAAUAAUGUAUAACUCUUGGAAAAAUAUGGUCUGGAAAAUAAUACAGCUGUAUUAUUCCAAUGGGAAAUUUCAGGGGAAAAUGUAUGUUCUCUUUUGGUUUUAUUGUGGUUCUUUAAAUGGAAAAAUUGUUGGUCUCUUAAUAUUUAUGGUUAUGACACGACUCGCCGGGAAGAAUGGAAGGAAAAUCUCAGAGGGAGAUCCGCCGGAAGGAUCGGAGGUUACAAAUAAACCAGUUUAA